UAAUAAAUCAAUACAGGCAUCGUUAAACCACAGUCCGAAAGUAGGUUCUAAGCAAACAAUGUUUGACCCAGUGAAAAGUCGUUAUACCAGUUUAAAUUUUUAUCAACGUCACGUGGUGGUCUAGAGAAGAUAAUAUCUGCAUCACAAAUCCUCUUUGACCAGCGUUAAUAACUCGGCGUCAGACCUACUAAUACCCGACAUAUACACAGUGUAUCAAAAACACACAGCACGUGUAGUAGUGACGUUUUACAACGAAGAUGUAGAGAAUGAAUGGCUUAACAAGCGGAAGUGAUUGAGAGCGAAUGCGCACUCCACUCGAUUAUUUAAACUGCAUUGUCUUCAUUUUCUUGUGUCAUCUGCAACCAACCUGCCGCUACGAUAUGGAGUUUUCUUAUCCUAAAGCUCGUCGUGACGAAUCAGUUAUUGAUGAUUACCAUGGACACAAAGUUGCAGAUCCUUACCGAUGGUUAGAAGAUCCUGACGCUGAAGAAACCAUUGCAUUUGUUGAUGCUCAGAAUUCUAUCAGCCACCCAUUUAUUGAGCAGUGUCCUCAUCGUCAGAAGAUACAAGAAAGCUUGACAGAGAAAUGGAACUUUGCUAAAUACAGCUCACCUGCCGAGCAUGGGGGAUCCUAUUAUUACUAUUGCAAUUCUGGCUUACAGAAUCAGAGUGUUUUGUAUGUUCAGGAUGACUUGAAAAGUGAACCCUGUGUGUUUCUAGAUCCCAACUCCUUGUCUGAAGAUGGCACCCUGUCAAUCAGUGGCACAGCCUUCUCUGAGGAUGGUUCCUAUUUUGCUUAUGGACUCAGUAAAUGUGGUUCAGACUGGAUCACAAUACAGUUCAAAAAAGCUCCUUCUGGUGAAGAUCUUCCUGAUACACUAAAGCAUGUAAAAUUCUCAAGCAUGGCAUGGACUCAUGAUAACAAAGGAAUGUUUUACAACAGAUAUCCUGUUGAAGGCAAAUCAGAUGGCACAGAGACAACCACCAAUCUGUAUAAUAAGCUAUAUUACCACAGGUUGGGCACUGAUCAAGACGAAGACCUGUUGACAGUUCAGUUUCAAAAUGAGCCGAAAUGGAAAAUAGGUGCCGAGGUGAGUGUUGAUGGCAAAUAUCUCCUGCUUUCUCCUAAUGAAGGAUGUGAUCCAGUCAACCGAUUGUUUUAUGUUGAACUUGACAAACUUCCUAAUGGCAUUACAGAAAACCUUCCAUACGUGAAACUUAUUGACAACUUUGAUGCCCAGUAUGAGUAUAUCACCAAUGAGGGCAGUGUCUUUACGUUCCUCACCAACUUGAACGCACCAAAGUACAAAAUAAUCAAUAUUGACUUCCAAAAUCCUGACCCGAAAAAUUGGAAGACUCUCGUUGAAGAAGAUAAAAAUGCCGUUUUGGAAUGGGCUUCCUGUGUCAACCACAAUAAACUUGUACUCUGUUAUUUAAAAGAUGUCAAGAAUAAGCUGUAUGUACAUCGUCUGGAAACUGGAUUACUGGAAGCUGAGAUACCUUUAGACAUUGGCACCAUAAUUGGUUGUUCAGGAAGAAAGAAAAGUGAAGAGAUUUUUAUCCACUUCAUGUCUUUCCUGACUCCUGGCAUUAUCUACCGUGUGGAUAUGACAGUCGAAAAACCAACUCCUGAGGUAUUCCGGACAAUUAAAGUGAAUAAUUUUGACUUCAGCCAGUUUGAAGUUCAACAAGUGUUUUAUCCAAGCAAAGAUGGAACCCAGAUUCCAAUGUUUCUGGUUCAUAAAAAAGGUUUGGUCCGUAAUGGUAACACCCCAACAUUUUUGUAUGGCUAUGGAGGUUUUGACAUCUCAAUGAAACCAACAUUCAGUGUUUCAAGAUUGGUUUUUCUCAAGGAUUUAGAUGGAGUGUAUGCUCUAGCCAAUAUUCGAGGUGGUGGGGAGUAUGGUGAAAAAUGGCACAAGAGUGGCACCCAUGCCAAAAAACAAAACGUCUUUGAUGAUUUCCAUGCUGCUGCUGAAUAUCUCAUUAAUCAAAAGUACACCUGCCCCAAAAAACUUGUCAUCCAUGGUCAAUCAAAUGGCGGACUACUUGUUGCAGCCUGCAUAAACCAGCGUCCAGAGCUGUAUGGAGUUGCUCUUGCUCAAGUGGGUGUAAUGGAUAUGUUUCGGUUCCAUAAAUUCACCAUUGGCCAUGCAUGGACCACUGAUUUUGGAUGUUCUGAUAUUUCAGAACAGUUUGAAUUUCUUAAAAAGUACUCACCACUCCAUAAUAUUAGGGUCCCUAAAGAUGAUAUUCAGUAUCCCUCAACCCUCCUGUUGACAGCUGAUCAUGACGACCGUGUUGUACCACUUCAUUCCCUUAAGUUUAUUGCUGAACUCCAGCAUACUAUGACAGGAAUAAAGAAACAGUCAAAUCCAUUACUUAUCAAAAUAGACACCAAAGCUGGACAUGGAAGAGGGAAACCAACUGCCAUGAUUAUUCAAGAACAAACAGAUAUGUACUGUUUUAUUGUGAAGAGUCUGGGACUUGAUUGGUUCGACCAUUGAUUAUUCUAAUCACUUCUUGCUUUGGUAAUCAACUGAAUCAUAAUUCAAACAAUUUGAUAAUAAAAGUUGUCUUUCUGUCAUCAAAA